CCAUCCAUGCAAAGUUGCGACGGACGUGCACAGUGUAAUGGUACAACACCAUACCAACCCUGCGAGUUCUUGAGAAAUCUCUAUAAAUAGCUCCUCCCUUCUAGUUCCUACAACACCCACACCCCAAAACCCUAACCCUAAUCUACACCCAUCUCCAUGGCCUCGGCGAUAAUGUCUUCUUUACUUGCAACCGCUUCUUCUCCACCCUCUCUCAGCUCCAAAACUUCCUACUCUCCUCAAAAUGCUCGACGCCGCCCCACCACUUUCCAUAGACAAUGGAAGCUCUGCAACCUCAGUAUCAGGAGUAGCGGUGAUAACAGCACUGACGAAUCGCCUCUAAUCAAGCUAGACAGACGGAACAUGCUCAUAGGCGGGGGGCUGUACGGAACGACUCUUGGCCUCAUUCAUGAUCAAAAGGCCGUCGCAAAACCAAUAGCCCCCCCAAACCUAUCAAAGUGCAACUCUUCCAGCGAUGGUGACGUCCUUUAUCCCUGCUGCCCGCCUUACGCUUUCGGUGUACUGAAACCAGAAGAGAUUCCAGACUACCAAAUCCCCUCAUUUACCACCCUCCGCAAGAGAAAGCCAGCUCGUGACUUGUCCGACGGUGAGUUGUCCAACUUGAAAUCGGCCAUCUCCAAGAUGAAGAGUCUUGGAGGAACCGACCCAUGGAGCUUCGUGCAGCAAGCGAAUAUACACUGCGCCUUCUGCAAUGGGGCCUACAACCAGGUGGGGUUCGACAAGGUUCCCUUCGAGUGCAAUAACGUGCCAUUGCAAGUCCACAACAGUUCUAUCUUUUUGCCAUGGCACCGAUGGUAUAUCUACUUCUACGAGAGGAUCUUAGGGAAACUGAUGGGCGAUGAAAGCUUUGCACUUCCUUACUGGGACUACGAUCAUCCAGAUGGUAUGGAGUUUCCUAAAAUCUAUGACGAGACUCCUCUCUUAGACAAAACACGUGCCGAGCAUGCACGUGCAGGAAACUAUGUGGAUCUACAUUAUAGCUUCGAGUACUGUAAUACCCCACGUCCAAAAGACAAAGUAAUAGAGGAGAACCUUUGUUAUUUUCGCAGAAUCUUCAACGAGGGAGCGAAGGAUCGAACGCUGUUUAUUGGAAAAACGCCCGAAGCAGGGCAGGAGAGCGCUGUUGCCGGUUCGCUGGAGAUCUUGCACAACGUUGUACAUCAGUGGGUGGGGAAGUGCGAAUCACCCAAUUUUGAUAUGGGUAACUUCAUCACAGCAGCGCGGGACCCUAUCUUUUUUGGGCAUCACAUGAAUGUGGAUCGGCUGUGGGAGAUCUACAGGACCCAGUUUAUGAGUACGACGGGUUUUGAAACCGAUAACCCUGACUGGCUGGAUGCUAGCUUCAUCUUCUACGACGAGAAUAACAAGGUGGUGAAAGUGCAGGUAAAGGACGCACUUGAUAUUACUAAACUCGGAUACUCAUUCGCUGACCUGUCUGUCGAGUGGAAGAACGUUUUAUGCCCACGUCAGCCCAAAACCAAGGAGGCUCCAGUGGCAGAAUUCGGGUCCACGACUAGGGUCCUUGCAGAAUACCCCAUCCGCAUCUUGGCUAAACGGCCCAAGUCAUCCCGUCGUGAGUCGGACAUAGAGAAGACGGUCGAGGUUGUUGUCGUCGAUGGCAUCGAGGUGGUACACACAAGCUCCACCCGGUUCGAUGUCUACAUCAGCACGCCUGACAAUUCUACUGACUUUGGAGACUUUGCUGGGAGCUUUGUAACUGUGGCUCAUGGGCACGAACAUGGGAAGACAGCUGACAGUAAGGCGAAGAAGCAGAGCUUGAAGCUUGGAAUAACGAACUUGGUCGCAGAGCUUAAUGCUGAGACUGCGGAGAGUCUUGUCGUGACGUUAGUGCCACGAACGGGGGUUUUUCUCAUUGAUGGGGUUUAUAUUGAGCAGAACAAUAUUAAGUAAUUUCUGAGGCGUUUGUAUUAAGCUAAAUAAAGAGUUAAUCUACUCAGAUUGGGCAUUGCUGAAUGAUUGUUAAAAAAAAAAAAAAAUCAAAAAUCUACUGAGAUUGGGCAUUGCUAGCCUUGUUGUGUUAUUUUACCAGCUUCUUAUCGUGACAUGUUCUGGCCAUCAUGAGCUUAGU